CAAGAAUGCGAUGUAUAUUAAUCUCAAUCAAAAAAGAACCCCAAGUGUGAACAGAUACACAAGAUUCAUAGGAGACGUCAACCUUUAACUAAAUCAGUUCAAAACAAAAAACAAACGGAUGUGCCGGUCAUUCAUUCAUCGAGCAAGAAAUCAUCUUUCUUUAUUGUCUAAUUCACACCAAUCGACACAUUUAAGAUCUGUAUACGUUAUGCUUUCUUUCCUUUUCGCCAUCUCCUCUACUAAAAUACUUCUAUAAAACCAUGGUUUGUACACUGAACAGUCUUAGACUUGAGAGAAAAAUACAGAGAUGGGUGCCUGCAGAUUUCACAUAGUAGUGGCUAUUCUCUCUCUUGUGUUCCUUCUACCAGGCAUACAUGGCUGGGGUGCUGAUGGGCACCACACGAUUUGCAAAAUUGCGCAGUCUCGAUUGAGUGAAGCUGCAGCAGAUGCUGUGAAGGAACUGUUGCCAGCAUUUGCAGAGAAUGAUUUAGCGAGUGUAUGUUCAUGGGCAGACCAAGUCAGAUUUCAUUAUCACUGGUCUGCUCCUCUUCAUUUCAUUAAUACUCCUGGAGUUUGCAACUUUGACUACAACAGGGAUUGUAAAGAUGAAGAUGGGGUGAAGGGAAGGUGUGUAGCAGCAGCAAUCAACAAUUACACCACUGAGCUUCUUACCUACAAACAAGAUUCCUCUAAAUCUGACUAUAAUCUCACAGAAUCACUCCUCUUCCUUUCUCAUUUCAUGGGAGACAUCCAUCAGCCAUUGCAUUGUGGGUAUGCUGCAGAUAGGGGAGGUAAUGACAUUGAAAUCCAUUGGUACACCAGGAAACAAAAUCUUCACCAUGUAUGGGAUGUCAAUAUAAUUGAAACAGCUGAAGAACGGUUCUAUGACUCCAAUGUGGAUGAAUUUGCGGAUUCAAUUCAGAAGAAUAUCACGACUGGAUGGGCUGAUUUAGUUCCAAAGUGGGAGACCUGCAGUAGUAAUCAGAUUACUUGUCCAGAUGUAUAUGCAUCUGAAAGCAUCAAAGCAGCCUGUGAUUGGUCAUAUAAAGGUGUGACUGAAGGAUCAACAUUGGAAGAUGACUACUUCCUUUCCCGGCUACCGAUAGUCAAGUUGCGAUUGGCGCAAGGCGGGGUCCGAUUGGCAGCAACUCUCAACCGUAUCUUCAGUUGAGAAUAGAAUUAUUGUGUAAAUUUAUGCAACUGAAUAGUGAAUGUCUGAAUGCUAUCAACUUAUUGGAAGUUCUUGACAUAGCUUGCCAAU